GCAGGAACCAAGCCCCAAGUGGGACCUAAGACCCCUCGGAUCCCGCGCAGACGACGCACGACCAUGGCCGCUACCGCUGACUCAAAUGCACAAGCCUGCCCCAAGAGGCCGGUUACCCCUCCCAUACCAGUUCAGCAGGCAGAUGAACCGCAAUUAGCGUUUCUCAAACGUCUCUAUCUCUACUCGGAGACCACUGCAGCUGAACUGAGCAAGUGGGAAGAGGAGGAAGCUGCCCGCCAGCAGGAAAUACAACGCCAGCUGGUAGAGGCAGAGGCAGCACGUCAGCAGGCCGCAGCAGAAGCUGCAGCAGCCGCACGGUUGCAACAGCAGCAGGUCGAGGCAAGUCGAAACCAAGUUCGUUACCAAGCCACAAUGGACCUCACGAAAGACGAAGCCACGUAUGGCAGGCUACUUCAACGACAGCAUUUCCAAGCAACCAAAGACCAAGAAGAGCCGACCGAGGAAGAGAGCGACAAGGAAGCUACAACAGUAUUGAUGGAGAACCUGUUGUACACGUGCAACUGGCAGCAACUGCUGGCCAUGCGGCAGAUCUUCAUCCGCUACGAAGCAACAUUUCGGACGCAGGAACGGAAGAUCACCGCCUUGCAGCACGCGAACAGCCAGCAGCAGGCCAUCAGUGACCAGCUGCAGACCACUGUCAACACAGGAUUGGCACGAUUGUCUGCAGUUGAGUCCACGGGCAGUGCAGUGGCAGACUGCAGCCCAGCUUUGGCCGCGCAGGCCAAGCAACUCGAGGAGCGGAUCAACCACGUGGUAACAUCCCUCGGUGACAUCAGCAAGUUUGCUGGAGCAGCGACAGUCAGCAAUCAGCUGCAGACGCUCAGCGACCACGUUCAACAACGACCGGCCGCCGUCGCCAAGGAAUGGAAGAUGCCGAACUUCAAGAUUGAGAAGUUCGACGAUUACUACAAGACCGAUCCGCUGCAGUGGUAGAUGGCAUUCAAUGCGGAGGCAGACGUACAUCACGUCCUACCCGAACGGCGGCUUGACGCAUUCUACCUCCAACUCAUUGGAGAGGCGCAGGCUUUCAUGACACACAUGGCCGUCACGCUAGAGUGCACCAUCGCCACCCUCCACACCAAGAUCACCUGGGAGGAAUUCGAGAAGAAAUGGAAGACCCUGUUCAUGGUCAACAACAACAAACGGCACGCCUUGAA